AGAUAAUGGCUGGCAAGUUUUUGGCAAUUAGUGCCGCGAGGGCAAUGCGCCCCAUCAACGGCGCUCGUCCAAUGAGCAGCUACGUAAAAACGUUGAUUGGCUCCAGAGAAGUUGUGGGUUAUGGUUACAACGGAGAACCAAAUUAUGUUGACAGGUCAGACUUCCCCUUACCAGCUAUCAGAUGGAAGGAAUGCUCUGCUGAUAUCUCUGCUUUAAGAGAGAAAGAAAAGGGCGACUGGAACAAACUGUCUAUUGAAGAAAAGAAAGCUUUGUACAGAGCUUCUUUCUGUCAGACUUUUGCUGAAUUCAAAGCACCUACUGGUGAAUGGAAGUCUGUAAUUGGUGUAGGUUUAGCUUUAACUUCAAUGGCCAUUUGGUUAUACUUUGGCUUAAAAAUGUUCGUUUAUGCGCCAAUUCCAGACAGCUUUAAGCCUGAAAACAGGGAGGCCCAAUUAAGGCGUAUUAUUGACUUACAAGGCAAUCCUAUUGAGGGUAUUGCCUCCAAAUGGGACUAUGAAAAGGACGAUUGGAAAAAAUAGAUUUUUAUCAAAUAAAUAAUGUUAAUUUAUGAAAAUUAGUGGAGUUUUAUUGUUUUAGACAGCCUCAGUAAAAGUUCACCAAUUUUUCCCUAUUAGUAAAAUUUGUAUAAAUAAAACAUGUACUAUUUUUUUCUUUCCUCUAUUAUAUUUUUUUGUAAUGAUGCCAUAGGAGCUGUUUACAGACACCUUAUCUUUUGUAAAAUAUGUUGCGAUGUAAGUAUUAUUUAAUAAAAAAUUAAGUCUUCA